GGUAUCGUUAUAUUUGCGGCACACAGUGUGAUUGGUAAUUUGUUAGAGCACCAGCGUUGUUGCACUUUCAAUGGCGAAAUGUACCAGGGUAGUGUUUGUUGGGGCAGAACAUAAUCCGUGUUGUUUGAUUGAUGACUGCACCGUUCCAACAAUAGGAGAUGGGGAGGUUUUGGUCAAGGUCCUGCUGGCGACUGUGUGUGGCUCUGACCUGCACACCAUAUCUGGCCAACGAAAAGAGGCGACACCAAGUGUGCUGGGUCAUGAAGCUGUCGCAGAAAUAGUGACCAUUAACAGAAAUGCAAGUAAAUUCUCCCCCGGAGAUCGAGUCACCUUCACCGUGGUUGACUUUUGCGGGGAGUGUGCAAGAUGCAAGGGAGGCCUUGUACAGAAAUGCACGCGGUUGUUUAAGUAUGGUCACGCACAACUCGCUGACGGGACUGGUUUUAAUGGAUGUUACGCUACCCACAUAGUGUUAAGACCAGGAACGCACUUAGUGAAGAUCCCCGAUCAUGUCACGGACCGUAUGGCCGCCCCCAUUAACUGUGCAUUGGCGACAAUGGUGAAUGUUAUGAACUCUAUUCCAUCGAUCGGGGAUAAUAAAGCAAAUCACGUCGCCUUGAUCCAGGGUGCUGGACUUUUGGGAUUAUACGGUUGUGCAUUGCUGCAAGAUCGCGGUUAUCAGAAAGUCUACUGCGUCGACAUCAACCGAGACAGACUGACUUUGGUACCUCUAUUUGGUGGAAUUCCGAACUUUAUCAGUGGAAAUGAGUUGACAAUCGACAUAGACCCUGAUUCCGUCGACACCGUCAUCGAAGUGUGCGGCUCCCCAAAUGUUAUACAGCAAGGAAUUUCUCUACUUAGACCAGGAGGUACUUAUUUGAUGGUGGGCAUGGUGCACCCAAACUCCAAGCUCAAUUUAACGGGGGAGCAAAUCAUAAGGAAGUGUUUGACAAUAAAAGGCAUACAUAAUUAUGGACCGGCUGAUUUGGAGCAGGCCGUAGAAUUUAUAUCUCGGACUGCAAACAAGUACCCUUUUGAGCGCCUCGUGGGCGGAGAAGAAUAUAGUCUUCGGGACAUAACGGACGCUAUAAAAGAGGCAGAACUAAGGAAAUAUCUUCGGGUAGCUGUAAAACCAUGAUUGAAGUUUGGUACCAUACUUGAGUGUAAAUGGAUCGUUAUUACACGAUCUGUGGCACAAUCUUGCAGAGACAUUUAACCUACAAUGGAAGUAAAUAUGACCAUUUUUGCCUGAGAUAUUUUGAUUUUAAAAACAGAAAUGUGUUGUCGCUUUUUGCUUAUAUUUUGCCUCCAGAUUUUGAAAAAUGUUGGAUCAGAUAAAGUGCACGGUAUACAUUUCCUGUCUUUGAUGUAUUUGAUUAGAAAAAACUAGGCCAGGUAACGAUUCAAGUUAUGAAAAGAUCAUACUGUAAUAGAAUCGAGGUUCAAAAUUGGACCGUUUCACCUUACUAUACAUGGUAGCCUACCUGUGUUGGUAUAAAACCACAUGUAUAUAUACAGUUAAAUCAUGGAGUUAAGGACAGCAAGUUUACCUUUUGACAUCAUACAAAAUUAUAUAAAGGCAGAUUUUGACCGAGUUCGUUUUUUUUAAAUCUUAUCAUCGUUAAAAACUUUAUUGCUCAGUGUUAGACCCCUAAAUGAUCAUAUGGGAGUCACUACACCCACCUAAUCAGUAUCUUGUAAUCCAUCCCAUUCAAUCCUUAAACACAAAAUGGUUACGUUGGGAUUGGUAUACAAAACUGAUCGAAGCAAACUCUAAAAUCCCAUAUCAAAUGCAAACGAAUUUCAGAACCCGAUCAGUCUUGUUUUCAACUACAUAUCUAACAUAAAAUUUAAUGUAUAAUAUAUUGUUAAAGUGCAGACUCGAAUAUUCUUGUGCACCGUUUGAUAAUAUAUUUAACUUUAUCCAAGAAAUGCACUUCAGAUGCAUGUCUUAUGUAAGAUUUUUACAAGAAGUAAAUAAAUCUUGUUUUGC